UUAAAAAACUUAACCAUGGUUAACUCGAACAACUACGGGUUAAAAAUGCAGUUUAUAAUGGGAGAGAACCGAUCAUUCAUUUUAGGAACCAAAGAACGAUGUACAAAAAUGAUGAUCGGAGAACCAACACGACCAAAUCCCACCGUUAAAAUCCCGGCGUGGGACCCACUCAAUGAUCCGACGUCUAGUUAUUCUUCCGUUAAUUAUAACUGCAAUGCGCCGUCCAGUCCUUGUCCCGUCGAUUACCUCUCAUCGCUCCACCGUUACCUCCCGUCAAACGAUUUCGAGUCGUCUGACUCUCUGAGUGAGGAUUCGGAUUUGCCUGUUGACGCGUUCUCGUGUGACCAUUUCCGUAUGUAUGAGUUCAAAGUGAGGAGGUGUGCUCGUGGCAGGUCACAUGACUGGACUGAGUGUCCGUACGCUCACCCCGGGGAGAAAGCCCGGAGGAGAGACCCGAGGAAGUUUCAUUACUCGGGUACAGCUUGCCCUGAUUUCCGUAAAGGAAUCUGCAAAAAAGGCGAUUCGUGUGAGUUCGCUCAUGGUGUUUUCGAGUGUUGGCUGCACCCAGCACGGUACCGGACUCAGCCGUGUAAGGAUGGUACCAGUUGUAAAAGGAGGGUCUGUUUUUUCGCUCACACACCAGAACAGCUCCGGUUGUUACCACAACAGAGUCCGAGAGGAAACGGGUCGAGUUCGGGAGAUUUGGAUUACGUUGGGUCCCCAAUACGUCACCGUUUCGACAUAGUUUCUUCACCGACUUCCAUUUUAGCUUCACCUCCGUUAUCCCCACCUUCCGAUUCACCACCUUUAUCCCCAAGCGGCUCGUUUUACUCGGUGAGUGAACUCGCUGCUUCCAUGCGUAGCAUGCAGCUCGGUAAGUCCAAAAUGAACGGCGCCGGCGCUUGUUCAUGGGGUAUGCAAAUGGGAUCGGGUUACGGUUCCCCUCGGGGCUCCACGCUUCGACCCGGGUUUUGCAGGUCUCCUUCAACCCCGACCCGUUCUGGGUUAGGCCAGUUCGAUCUCUGGGAAUGCAACAACGGUUUCGAAGAAGAACCAGCAAUGGAAAGGGUUGAAUCCGGUAGAGAUUUAAGGGCCAGAAUGUACGCGAAGCUUAGUAAAGAAAAUUCCCUCGACGGACUCGAUCCAACCGAACCGGAGCUGGAUCUCGAUUGGGUCUCCGAGUUAGUGAAGUGAACUCGAUACUGGCAACUCACCCAACUCAGCUUUCUGUUAUGAUUUAUUUCGGGAAUUCUUUUUAUAUAUUUAAAAAAACAAAUCGGUGGCUAUAAUCUGACCUUUUGUGAAUAUUAAUGGGUUUUUUUUUUAUAAUCUGAUUUUCGAUCAUCAUUUGCACUGUGUAAAUAGACGACGGUGGGAAAGAGAGAUGGCGGAGAAAAGUCUCUAUUUUGUGGUGCGACUGCGUUUUCGUUUUUAAAAUUUUCUUUCCGAGAAAACCAAUAAGAAAAAAAAAUUGCAGACGUUUGUAAAGAAAAGCAAGUAUUUCUAAUUAUCGGAGAUGGUAAUUUGUUUCUUCAUUUUGUUCUUGGGAUUAUCUCUGUAAUUUCUUUUGUCAUGGUUAAUCAAUGUAGUAUAUGUCAUUUUUCUUUUGAUUUA